AUGAGUGCUUUUGCUCGUGUUGAACAUUGCGCCUUCAAGCGCGGUGCCGAAACAGAACAGAGGGCGGUGAUCAAGUUCGGGUGUGCCCAGAGGAUCACGGUCAAGGUUCCCAGCGGCAACGUAGUUUACACGGCGACCGGUGGGAUGUGCGUUAGCGAUGGACGACGACAGCAGUGCGACUACGGCAUUUGCCACCCUACCAGCGGUAGCACAGCUGGCGACGACUUCACCCAUGUGACUUGUGAGAACCUAGGAAUAAUGGAUGCCUCUCAGGAUCCAAUGUUCCGCUGGGACUCUGUCUUCUCAGGCGAGGCUUGGGAUUGGGUUGUCAGCAAGUGGGAGGGCAACCCGUCACCUGGCGGCUUGAACUUUACAGAGCAGGUUUAUCGACUGCGGUACCAUUGA